UCGCCGUGGACGUGAAGUUCCUCCUUAUGUCGAAGGUCAUUUUGGUCAUUAGGCCACAACCAGGACAGCGCUUUCGCGGAACUCCCGAGAAGACCCUGGCACGAGAGAGAGAAAGAGAGAGAGAGAGAGUAAAUCGAGUUUUGGAGCGGGAAAUUUCGUGCAAAAUCCAGAAACAGAGAAAUGAGAUCGAACAUCGUCUCCGAGGCAGGAUUGCCUACGAGGUUGAGCCAAUGGUGGGGUGGGGUUCCAUUCAUUACUUCUGGAGUGGUUAUUGUUUGCGGGAUCAUUUAUUUGGUGUGUUUGUUGGUUGGAUAUGACUCAUUCCUUGAGAUAUGCUUCUUGCCUUCCGCAGUUAUUUCACGGUUCCAAGUUUACAGGAUUUAUACAUCCAUUCUUUUUCAUGGUUCGCUGCUACAUGUUCUGUUCAAUAUGAUGGCACUGGUUCCAUUAGGUUCUGAGUUGGAGAGAAUCACGGGAUCUAUCCGCUUGUUGCAUCUGACUCUUUUGUUGGCUACAAGCAAUGCCAUUUUUCACCUUCUUAUUGCAUUAGUGGCGGCACAUAAUCCCUUACGCCCUUACCCGCAUUUCAUGAAUGAGUGUGGCAUUGGAUUCUCAGGGAUCUUAUUUUCUAUGAUUGUCAUAGAGACAAGUCUGAGUGGAAUUCAAUCUAGAAGUGUGUUUGGACUCUUUAGUGUGCCCGCAAAAUGGUAUGCAUGGAUCUUAUUGAUAGUGUUCCAGCUUCUGAUGACCAAUGUUUCAUUACUUGGACACUUGUGUGGCAUAUUGUCUGGGUUUGCAUACACCAAUGGAUUCUUCAACUACCUAUUACCUGGAUCAUCCUUCUAUUCUUCCAUGGAGAGCUCCUCCAUGCUUUCGGCUUGUGUCCGGCGUCCUGGAUAUAUUUUGUGCACUGGAGGGACUCCAUAUGGUCUUCUGCCUACACGUUCAAGUGCAAGUCCAACAUCCAGUGGCUUGGUUUCUGGAAAUAUAUGGAGGAACCUUACUUCAUGGAUGCCACAGCGGGAAACAAUGGCUGAUCAGUCAUCACAAGAUAGCAGAUUUCCUGGAAGGGGAAGAACCCUUGGUGCUGCCCGAAAUCAAGCAGCUCCUCCUUUUAAUUCUGACUCAAGCCUACAGGCUAGACUCUUAGAUAACACAACAAUUGAUCAUCCUUCAGCAACAGCCACACUGAGUACAGGACAACACAUGUCAGAUGGAAGGCAUUCAACUGUAGGUGAUGCAACAGCUGUUGCAGAAGUAGCCACACGAACUCAGGCUUUGGGUAGCUUUGAUGAGGUGAUCCAGAAACUUGUAACAAUGGGUUUUGAAAAGACCCAGGCAGAAGUUGCUCUUGCUGCUGCUGAUGGAGAUCCGAACGUUGCCGUAGAAAUCCUUAUGAGCCAGCAGGGGUAGAAUUGUAACCAGAACUGUCGGUGCUAUUUUUCAAGAUAACACAUCACUGGAACUUCAUCUAAAUGCUGGAAGUUUCUACAGAGUUACAAUUGGCCCCAGUCAUCAGAUAUCUCAGGGUGAGGUUCUACUUGUGGGUUUUGUUACUAUAUUGUCGAUAGUGAUACUAACAGAGGAAAAGCAAAAAACAAAGGGUUCUACAGAAAAUGAUUGAUCUUUGAAGAACUAACUUGUGCAAUAGCAACUGAUGUACUGUGUUGACUUAUACAAACCAUUAAAUAUGAUAUAGGUUUUCAUUGUUAUGUUGAACAAUUGGACAGAUUGAAACUUUUUACCAUUUGAUGAUCUUUCCAAUUGUCUAGGGACAGGAAAUCCUCACUUCAUAGCUCUUGUUGUA